AUGGUCUUCGGAAGCUUGAACAGCUUGAGAUAUUUUUCAGUGUGUGGAAUCGCUCCUAUGAACACCAGGAUAGUUGGAGGUGAGGAUGCUCAACCUGGAAGUUGGCCUUGGCAGGUUAGUCUUCAGACAUUUGGCAGCCAUGUAUGUGGCGGUUCCCUGAUCAACAAAGAGUGGGUGUUGUCUGCUGCUCACUGCUUCUUAAGUACAAAUACGUCCAGAUGGAUGAUUUCUCUCGGCCGUGAAAAUUUGGAAGGAAACAACCCAAAUGCAGUGACCACAAGUGUUUCCAGAAUCAUUUUGCAUCCAGACUAUGACAGGAGAAGCAGUGACAACGACAUUGCUCUGCUCAGACUGUCCUCACCAGUCACAUUCACAGAUUACAUCAGACCAGUGUGUCUGGCAGCAAGUGAAAGUGUGUUCAACAAUGGCACCGACAGCUGGGUCACCGGCUGGGGUGCAUUCGAAGAGGGAGGUGAGUCGAUGUUCGUUACAUUUCCUGGAACUCUUCAAGAAGUGGAGGUGCCUGUUUUGGGAAACAGACAGUGUAACUGUCUGAAUGGAGUUGGCACAAUCACUGACAACAUGAUCUGUGCUGGUGUUCUGGCAGGAGGCAAAGACUCAUGUCAGGGAGACUCAGGAGGUCCAAUGGUGAGCAAGCAGGACUCGACCUGGGUCCAGUCUGGAAUUGUUAGUUUUGGACAUGGCUGUGCUCGGCCCAAUCAGCCAGGAGUCUACUCCAGAGUGUCCCGUUACCAGCAGUGGAUCAACUCCCACAUCCAAUCAGAUUUGCCAGGCUUUGUUCAGUUCAACUCCACAGGGCCAGAUGUUGACAGUAACUACACCUGUCCUACCUUCAACAUCAACUCCAAGUACGCCUCCACCCACUGUAUCAAGUGCAGAAUGUACUCCUGUGUUUCAGCGUGUGGAAUCGCUCCUAUGAACACCAGGAUAGUUGGAGGUGAGGACGCUCCACCUGGAAGUUGGCCUUGGCAGGUCAGUCUGCAGAUAUUUGGCAGCCAUGUAUGUGGUGGUUCCCUCAUCAACAGAGAGUGGGUGAUGUCUGCUGCUCACUGCUUCUCCAGUCAAAGUACAUCCAUAUGGAUGAUUUCUCUCGGCCGUGAAAAUUUGGAAGGAAACAACCCAAAUGAGGUUUCCAGAAGUGUUUCCAGAAUAAUUUUGCAUCCAGACUAUGACAGGAGAAGCAGUGACAACGACAUUGCUCUGCUCAGACUCUCCUCACCAGUCACAUUCACAGAUUACAUCAGACCAGUGUGUCUGGCAGCAAGUGAAAGUGUGUUCAACAAUGGCACCGACAGCUGGGUCACCGGCUGGGGUGCAGUCAAAGAGGGAGUGUUCUUGCCAUUUCCUGGAACUCUUCAAGAAGUGGAGGUGCCUGUUUUGGGAAACAGGCAGUGUAACUGUCUGAAUGGAGUUGGCACAAUCACUGACAACAUGAUCUGUGCUGGUGUUCUGGCAGGAGGCAAAGACUCAUGUCAGGGAGAUUCUGGAGGUCCAAUGGUGAGCAAGCAGGGCUCGACCUGGGUCCAGUCUGGAAUUGUCAGUUUUGGAUUUGGCUGUGCUCGGCCCAAUCUGCCAGGAGUCUACUCCAGAGUGUCCCGUUUCCAGCAGUGGAUCAACUCCCACAUCCAAUCUGAUAAGCCAGGCUUUGUUCAGUUCAACUCCACAGGGCCAGAUGACGACAGUUACUACACCUGUCCUGGCCUGCCACCUCCUGUUACCAUGACAACACCUACCAAGUCACCUACUAGUAGACCUUCAGCAUUGACUCCAAGAUAG